AUCACAAGAAAUAGUUUUAAGCAACGAGGGGAAUCUUGAAAUUUCUAGAAUUUUGAGGCACAUUGUUUUAACCGAGCCUCCUCCACUCUGAAGAUUUUGAUUUUUAUCCCCUUUUUUCCAGAUUUAGGACUUUUUGAACAUCCUCCCCAUCCUAUGUGAGCACCAUGCCGUGUUACACAGUGACUGUGUCCACAGGGAGCCAAUGGUUCGCAGGUACAGACGACUACAUCUACAUCACACUGGUGGGAACAGAGGGAUGCAGCGAGAGGACGCUGCUGGACAAACCUCUCUACAAUGACUUUGAGAGAGGAGCGGUGGACUCGUAUGAUGUGAGGGCCGGAGAGAACUUGGGUGACAUCGUGUUGGUGAAGAUUGAGAAGAAGAAGUACUGGGUGCAGGAUGACUGGUACUGCAGGUACAUCACAGUGAAGACCCCUGCUGGAGACUACAUCGAGUUCCCCUGUUUCCGCUGGCUGGUGGAUGACAAGGAGGUGGUGCUGCGAGAUGGAAGAGCACAUCUGCCUCAGGAUGAUAAGACCAGCUUGGUGAAGCAGCACAGACAGAAAGAGCUGGAUAUGAGGAGAAAAACCUACAGGUGGAAGGAGUGGCAGCCAGGUUUUCCAAUGAGCAUAGAUGCUAACAGACACAAAGAUUUACCCCGGGACAUCCAGUUCGACAGUGAGAAGGGAGUGGACUUCGUUCUGAACUACAGUAAAGCAAUAGAGAACCUGUUUGUGAACCAGUUCAUGCACAUGUUCCAGUCCUCCUGGAGCGACUUUGGGGACUUUGAGAAAAUCUUUGUGAGAAUCAAAAACACAAUCUCAGAGUAUGUGAUGCAGCACUGGAAGGAGGACUUCAUGUUUGGGUACCAGUUCCUGAAUGGUUGCAACCCCGUUGUGAUCCAAAAGUGCACCAAACUUCCAGAGAAGUUUCCCGUCACUCAUGAGAUGGUUUCAGUCAGUCUGGAGAGAGAGAUGACUCUGGAGCAGGAGAUAGAGGCAGGUAACAUCUACAUGGUGGAUUAUGAGGUGUUAGAAGGCAUCAGUGCAAACACCACAGACCCGUGCACACUGCAGUAUCUGGCAGCUCCAAUCUGUCUGCUCUACAAGAACGCUCAGAACAAGAUCCUGCCCAUAGCCAUACAGCUCAGCCAGACUCCAGGUAAAGAUGCACCGAUAUUCCUGCCCACUGAUGGUAAGUACGACUGGCUGCUGGCUAAGAUCUGGGUCCGCUCCGCUGACUUCCAGCACCACCAGACCAUCACUCACCUGCUCAGGACACACCUGAUGACUGAGGUGUUUGCUAUUGCUAUGUACAGGCAUCUCCCUGCUGUUCACCCUGUGUAUAAGCUCCUCAUCCCACAUAUUCGUUUCACCAUCGCUAUCAACACCAAGGCCAGAGAGCAGCUCAUCUGUGAGUGUGGCAUCUUUGAUAAGGCAAAUGCAACAGGUGGAGGUGGUCAUGUCCAGCUGGUGCAGAAGGCCAUGAAGUCUGUGACCUUCAGGUCGCUGUGCUUCCCGGAUAUGAUCAAGUCUCGUGGCGUGGACAGUAAGGAGGAUUUGCCAACAUACUUCUACAGAGAUGAUGGUUACAGGGUGUGGGAGGCCACAAAGAGUUUUGUGUCUGAUGUGGUGAACAUCUACUACAGCAGCGACAAGACGGUGCAGGAAGACGAAGAAAUCCAGGCUUUUGUUAAAGAUGUUUGCAGCUUUGGCAUGCAAGAUUUUGACCACUGUGAGUUCCCCAAGUCUCUGAAAACACGCGAGCAGCUGACGGAGUAUCUGACCAUUGUUGUGUUCACUGCCUCAGCCCAGCAUGCAGCUGUUAACUUUGGACAGUAUGACUGGUGCUCUUGGAUUCCCAAUGCUCCGUCCACCAUGCGAAGACCUCCACCCAACCAGAAGGGUUUAGCCGAUGUGAACUUGAUCAUUGAGAGUCUCCCCGAUCGUGGACGCUCCAGCUGGCACCUGGGAGCUGUCUGGGCACUCAGCCAGUACCAGGAGAAUGAGCUGUACCUGGGCAUGUAUCCUGAUGAACACUUCAUAGAGAAGCCGGUGAAGGAAGCCAUGGAGAAGUUCAGGAAGCAGCUGGCAGAGAUAACCAGCUCCAUCAAGAGGAGGAAUGAAGGAAAGAAGCUGCCGUACUACAACAUGUCACCUGAUAAAAUCCCAAACAGUGUCGCAGUUUAAGAUAUAAAAUCAGGAUCACCAUACUGCUUUAUACUACUAAUCUUAAAGUCAGGUGAUGUCAGUUGUCAAAAUUCAAUUUUCAAAACUGUUUUGUCCCUUAUGUCAACAUAUAUUUAUAUCUCACCAACUUGCAGACCUGCUUUUGCUGCUUUUUUGGCAUAUCUUGGUUAUAAUGUACUCAAAUGUCACUGUGUGAAGUUGCUUGUUAAAGUGUUUUCAUUAAUUGCCACUGUCUCUUUUUGAUCUGCAAAAUACUGAAAGCCUACCCCAAAAUUAACGUUAUAGGAACCUUAUUCAGAUGAUACUCAUGCAGCGUUAAACUUUAAACAUUCUUCUCACCACAAAUUCAAAUGAGAACACAGGUUGUACCAAGCAUUCAGUGAAAAAGUGACAAAUUGUGCAAUCACAUACUUUACAGCUAUGAAGACAAUGCCAGUUUACAUGUCAUCUGCCUUGUUUUAAUUCACAUUUGCUU